GAAGGGCAAUUCGCGUUGUUUUUAAAAGUCUGUUUUAAUUUAAAGUGGGGAGUCUCCCCAAAAAAAGAAGAGCAAAGCAAGGAAUGUCUGGAGCAGCAACUAAUUCCUCUUCAGACUCCCACCACAAUCUCCUCAAGGAGGUGAGAAGUCACGAGGUUGCUAUUGCAGAGCUCAAUAACCUUCCUCCUUCUAGGGCUGUCUACCAGAGAAAUGGCAACCUAUUCUUCCGUACAACUGUGCAGAAAGCAACAGCAUCAGAACAAAAACAAGUGGACUUGGUCAAAUCUAAGCUACAAAAAUUAAGCUCCUCAUGAGUCAUCAAAGUCCAUUCAGUUUGAGAGGUGGGGAAGAGGCAAAAUCGGCUCUUUGCUUGUGGAGUGUGUGAAUCUGCUGUUUAAGUUAUGCAAUUUAGGAGCUUGUAUACCUGUUGAAGUUGGAAUUACCAUAGUGUUUUUUACUUCAAAAUUUUGUGGAAGAUGUUUUGAAAUGAAGAUCAUAUAAUGGAAGGUGUUACACCAUGGACAAUUUUUCAAUUUAAUAGGAUAAUCGGAGGUGGUCUAAAACGUGCUGAUAUUGCAGUGGUAGGGUCAACUAUUUGAACUGAAGAGUCAUUAUUAACUUCAUUUUAAUCUGGUGCAAAUUUAAUGUUAUUGCCA